ACUCACUCUCUUUAACAACGUUGCGACACGAAUCAUUGAAUGCCUGAUAUGUUUACUUUCAUCAGGCUUUGGACGCCUUGGCUAACAUCCUGAAGAGCAGAUCCCUACCUAUGUCCGAGACGCUGCUUUGUACCAGCUGUCCAGUCCAACUUUGCACUCCUCUGCGCUUCUGAAAUUGACUUGCACCCUUAGCACCACAAUGGGGACUCAGCGAUCUCAGGAUCGCCACUGCGCGUUCCUACAAGCUUGUCGAGGAAGUUCUUGCGACAUUUCGGCUGCUCGACGGCGGAGAGCUGAAGGCAGAGACAGAGACAGAAGACGGAGAGGGUGCGCAGUCAGCUGACAGAAGUGCUCAAGGGGCUUUGACGGAGCUGCCAAGGUGACCCGGCCUAAUCCAGUUCAAAGGUGUGCAUACAUGCUCACCCGUAAUUAUCCAGCCACAAUCCUCAAGUGAAGCUACGUCGAAGCAAAGCAUCAUAACUAUUCUAUCGAUAUCUCCAAUCAUAUGCACCUGCUACGUUAAUGGUUAUAUCCCGGAAGCAUGCGUCAUACCUAAACUCCAGUGCGAUGCAGCUCCCCGCCUGCGUCAUUCGACACCAUCAAAUUGUCGUACCAUGAAACACUAAGUCAGCACGCGAACGGCAGCAUCAAGAGGCGCGAACGCCACGCAUAUAUGAUCAAAACUCUGUCCUGUCAAUCUGGACAGACCACGCGACUACCGCCGUCAUCGUCACGAAGGCCACUAUCGCACCGCGCGCCCUAGGGCAGUUUGUGUCUCGCUAGAAGCACAAUGGGCCCCAACGCCGAUAUUCUCGUAAGAAAACAUACGUAUCACACCGGACGCAGUCUUGAAUGCACUAGAACCGGCAACCACAUAUAUCGCGUCGAAAGCUUCAAACUUGUCCUCUACCUUACACUAUCUGUUCUCUCGAAACGCCCAGGUAAAGGUCCUGGGUGACGUCAUACGCUUGUAGCACGGUGCAUUCGAAUAAACUGAUACCUAUGAA